AUGGCUAUCCUGCAGGUACACCAAGCCAAGGCGCUCAAAGCAAUGCACGAGGGUGGUACCGACCCGGGGUUGAUGCAGGAGCUGCGCACGGUGACUGACUUCGCCUUACAGGCGAUGAAGGUCACGGCGCGGUCCCUCGGGAAGGCGAUGUCCAUGCUGGUGGUCCAGGAGCGGCAUCUCUGGCUGAACCUGGCUGAGAUGAGGGACAUGGACAAGGCCCGCUUUCUCGAUGCUCCCAUCUCCCAGGUAGUACUGUUCGGCGACACUGUCGAGGACUUUGCCCAGCAAAUUUCAGACUGCAGUAUCACUGAAGAAGGUUAUAAAGCUCUGUCUUCAGCUCUGAGAUCAAACCCUUCACAUCUGAUAGAGCUGGAUCUCACAGGAAAUGAUCCUGGAGAAUCAGGAGUGAAGCUGCUCAGUGAUUUACUACAGGAUCCAAACUGUCAACUCAACACACUGAGGUUUUUGGGUCCUGCUGCAGAUGAAGCCUGUCAGUAUGUGACUGGAAUUGUGGGUAAAAACCCGUUACUCCUGAGGGAGCUGAAUCUGAGGGGACAUAAACUAGGAGGAGACACACGAGUGAAUCAGAUCGCUGCUCUUCUGCAGGAUAAACACUGUACACUCAACACACUGAUUCUGUGUGGAUGCAGUAGUACAGAGAAACAGUGUCUCAUCCUGACUUCAGCUCUGAAUUCAAACCCAUCACACCUGAGAGAACUGAACCUGAGCUGGAAUAAACUACUUGGAGACUCUGGGUUGAAAAACCUUAGUGAUCUACUGAUGAACACACAAUUCAAGCUGGAGAAACUAGAUCUGUGUGGAUGCAGUAUUACAGAAGAACAGAAUGUCAUCCUGACUUCAGCUCUGAAAUCAAACCCAUCACACCUGAGGGAACUGAACCUGAGCAGGAAUAAAUUAGGAGACUCUGGAGUGAAACACCUCAGUGAUCUACUGAUGAACACACAAUUCAAGCUGGAGAAACUAGAUCUGUGUGGAUGCAGUAUUACAGAGAAACAGAGUAUCAUCCUGACUUCAGCUCUAAAAUCAAACCCAUCACACCUGAGAGAACUGGACCUGAGCGGGAAUCAAAUAAAAAACACAGGAGUGAAUCACUUAUGUGAUGUACUGAAGGAUUCACACUGUAAACUAGAGAGAUGGAGUCUAAAUGACUGUGGCAUUACAGAUGUUUCUUCUUUAACUCAGUCUUUGACAAACACAAAAGCUCUGCAGUUUCUAAAAGAGCUUAAUCUGAGUGUUAAUAUGAUUGGAGACUCAAAACAGAAGCUCAUUGAUGUGCUACAAAACUCAAACUGUGAACUGAGCGUUGUGGAUAAAGAUGGAGAGGAUGUCCGAAGCAUGGUUCUUAAUAUACUAAAUAAGAUCGCUCCUGGAAUUGGAGAUGGGCUACAGGACAGUGUCGAUGUUGCUCAUUGUUUGGGACCGAAACGAGCCAGAUCGAUCACAACCCUCUUCCCACUGCGUCGCAUCAGUGACAUGAUUUGGGGUGCUGCCAAAGGCUGCGAAUGUCUAACUUACAACAAACUGCGUUUUUCGGAGCCUCUGUCUCCCAACGAUAGAGCAGCGCUGGACAAGCUGUGGCCUCUCUUGAAGAAGGCACAGGAAGAGGGCAAGCUUCCGCAGCCCUUUUGCUUUGAUUGA